CGCCUCUUCCGUGACGUCAUCGCCGUGCGCGGAGGCAGGGGCAGCGUCGGUGCGGAGGAAGGAGGAGGAUGCUGAGCCGGCUGCAGGAGCUGCGCAAGGAGGAAGAGACGCUGCUGAGGGUCAAGGCGGCGCUCCACGACCAGCUCAACCGGCUCAAGGUGGAAGAGUUGGCCCUCCAGUCCAUGAUCAAGGAAAGCGAAGGGAACAUGUCUGUCUCAUCCACCGCAGCAAUGGAGGAAGAAGACCAAAACAUGGACAACGAAGCAGCGAUCAAUCAGACCAAACUGCAGCUACAGAUAUGCAUCAGUGAAGAGGAGGAGGAGGAGGAAGAGGAGGAGGAGGAAUCGGAUUCUUAAAGUGGGACUGUGUUUAAUAAUCCCAGACUCAGGAACAACCUCCUGUCCACCUUUCAAGAUUUUUGCCUGGUGCUACCGAGUCCAAACUACCCUUGGAAAUGAGGCUGGGUUUCCGUAAGACUUCUGGAGGCGGCAAUAAACUGCGGGUAUGAGCGGGGGCCAUUGGGAGAACGUGUUGUGGAUUCAAAACCAAUGUAGCAUGAUUCCUUUUAAAACACACACACACACACACACCCUUGUUUUGAGCCAAGUAGCAUUUGGGAGAUGCAACACACUACUCUCAAAAGCAAUAAUCGAGUCUUGAAACAUCAUCCGCUGUUGCUAAGGGCAAACAGCACAAAUAUAUGAAGCGAAAGGAAAACAAAAAGUGGUUUUUGGGGGGACUCUUUGCACGUAGCCCUUGGGUGCAUUUUGCUGGGGCAUAAACAAAACCCACGAGAGAUGCUUAAAUUCUAAGCAUCUCCCCCCCCCCCCAAUUGUGUGAAACUUUAAAACGCUUCCAUGGAUUUACUGCGGGUAAUAUUGGGAAACAUCUGAAAUUUGUGUAGCAUUUCCCAUCCGAAGGUGUUACUUGGAAGGUCGCUCCUUUCCAGCCACUGUCAGAGGAUUGUAUGGCUCUUUAGCUUUGCUAAAUACAAACAAAAAAUUACUGAUCUUCCCUAAAAUGAGGGGCCUUUCGUCAUGAAUGAGGAUGGCCAACUAUUCCUCCCUACCUGUAGUUUGGUCACUGGAAAGGAGGCCCUGCUGCAAACCAGUAAUGCAGCAAGGACCAGAAUGAACCCCUCUGCCUUGAAGGUAGCCUGGGAAGUCCUUGCGGUGGCUACCUGCCCCAGUAGUCCCUAUAUUUUCCUUUACAGCACUUCUCCAUCCGUAUCUCUGGAGAUGAAGUGGCCAAACAGCAGCCCUGCAGCUGUGGCUUCCCUUAAAGGAUGCUGGGAGUUGAGGUUUAGCUGCAUCUGAAUGGCUGCACUUUGACCAUCUCUGGCCACAGUAGCUCCUUUGCAGUGACCAAUGCCAACAACCUGUUUUUUUCUCUCCAUGAAGGGAGUGAAGUUAGUCACAUUCCUGCCUGUUUUCAUGUUCUGGCUGUGUUUGUUUUCCCUUUGCUCUGGGUGUAACAGAAUUAAAGCAGCUCAACACUUUAACUUCCAUGACUCAGUGCUACAGAAUGCUGGGGUUUGUAGUUUGAUGUGGUCUUCAGCCUGGUCUGUCAAGAGAGCCUCACCAAACUACACAUCCCAGGAUCCUUAAUCAUGACACUUAAUCACACUGCUUUAAUUCUUCAGUGCAGCUGCGCCUUUUGUUUCUCUUUCCCCUUGAUUAUGAGCAUUAGAAUAGGACUAGAGAGAAAGGGGACUUAUUGGCAUUAGAGGUUUGCCUGGGGAAAAGGACAGACCUGUUUCAAAAGCCAUGGUCAGAAUUGGUGAUAGUGGGGGAAAUCGCUUUUGUGGAGUAUGGCUGCCAGAAUCAUCCAGUGGCCAUUCUGACAAAGGGAUUUUGGGAACGAGUUAGUUUCCCCCAAGUCUGGAUUGCAAUCAAGGAUCAGCUCCAAGCUUAAAUGAACAUUGGGGCCCAAGUGAAGUCAACAAAGGUGUCCCCUUCUGACUUGAAGGUGGAAGGAAUGAGUAUAGUAUCGGGUGAGAAAUAGCUCUAAUAGGGAAUGCACAGCCUCUCCCGCCUCUAAAAAUGCCCCCAGCGUUGUCUUAAUAACAGCCAGUAGCAGUUAAUCUUUUUCUUUUAAUCAAUUCCCCAAAGUAACACCACGACAUAUUUAUUAGUGUAGGAUGAAAUGGCUGAACAUCUGACAGAAUAAAAUGAUUAAAAGGAUUUUUCAAACA